AGAGAGAGAGAGAGAUUAUGAGAAGACUAGCAAUAUAGGCCCUUCCAUUAUUUUCCAGAUCCAAACAGAAGGUAAGCCAAGUUAUUGGCCUAUCAAUAAAUGAGGUGUAAUCAGGAAAUAAAGACGACAAAAAAGCCAUAGUUAAAGAUAUAUUUUUCUGGUUCAUCUCUACUUUGUGUUUUUUGAAAUAGGUUCAUCCGUGCUUGAAUCUCACAUGGAGCUUCAAUUCCCUUCUUUUUUGAUCCUCUUCUUUGCCUUUCUUCUCUUCCUGUACACGGUACUCAAAUUACUAAGCGCUUUCUCAUCAGCAAAGCUACCGCCUGGGCCGAGGAAACUUCCCAUCAUCGGAAACCUGCACCAGCUCAAGGGGGCGCCCCAUCGCUCCCUAAAAGAACUGGCUGAGAAACAUGGACCCAUAAUUCACCUGCUGCUUGGCGAGCUUAGGACCACCGUAAUUUCCUCAGCGGAAUGUGCUAAAGAAGUCUUGACAACCCAUGAUGUAAUCUUUGCUCAAAGACCCAAAACUCUAGCUUCCCAGAUCCUGUCUUAUAAUUUCUUGGACAUUGGUUUUGCACCAUAUGGCACCUAUUGGAGACAGCUGAGGAGAAUCUGCAAGUUGGAGCUUUUAAGUCAAAGUCGAGUUGACUCAUUCCGAUCCAUCAGGGAAGAGGAGGUGACUAAUCUCGUCAAGGAAAUAUCUUCAUGUCGAGGAUCGCCAAUCGAUCUUAGCAAGAAACUGUUUUCAAUGACUUCUUGGAUAGCCAUGAGUGCAGCCUUUGGGAAACACUGUAAACACAAAGAAGAAUACAUAUCCGCUGCCUACAGGAUUAUAAAGCACAACACAGGUUUUACCCUUGUCAAUCUAUUCCCUUCUUUUAAAGUUCUUGAAUGGAUUUCAGGGGCCAGGCCCAAGCUUGAGAAAUUGCAUAGAGAGAAAGAUAAGAUAGUUCAGAAAAUCCUUGAUGAGCACAAAGAUAGGAGGGAGAAAAGGAUGAAAGAUGGUGAACAAGUAGCAGAGGAUGAUGAGGAAGACCAAAUUGAUCUUCUUUUGAAGCUCCGAGAGCAAGGGGACCUUGAAUUUCCAUUGACUGAUGACGCCAUCAAAGCUAUUCUCUGGGACUUGGUCACUGCUGGGGCUGAGACAUCAUCCUCAACUAUGGAGUGGGCAAUGACUGAAAUGCUGAGAUUUCCAGAGUCAAUGAAAGAGGCACAAGUUGAGGUACGUCGGGUUUAUGGUGAAAAAGGAAGGGUAGACGAAUCAAAUCUUCAUGAAUUGCAAUACUUAAAAGCAGUAGUGAAAGAAACCCUGAGGCUGCAUCCUCCAUCUCCUCUGUUAAUGCCAAGGCAGUCAAGUGAGGCUUGCCAGAUUAGUGGCUAUGACAUACCUGCCAAUACUAGAGUCAUAAUUAAUGCAUUUGCAAUCGGAAGAGAUCCAAAGUUCUGGCCUGAACCUGAGAAAUUUUCCCCAGAGAGAUUCCUUAACAACUCCAUAGAUUACAAGGGAAUGGAUUUUGAGUAUAUCCCAUUUGGCGCUGGAAGGAGAAUGUGUCCUGGAAUAUAUUUUGCUCAAGCUAAUAUUGAGUUGUUACUCGCACAAUUGCUGUUCCAUUUUGAUUGGAAACUACCUGAAGGAAUGAGGAAAGAAGAUAUAGACAUGGGUGAAUCUUUUGGUUUAGCUGUUUGCAGAAAAGUAGGUCUGGCUGUAAUUCCCAUUCCUUGGGCCGACAAUUGACGCCAGGGUGAAAAAAGUCUUAGCAUUCUCCUGACCUGCUCUGCUCUGCUCUGUUCUGCAGGAUGUGAAUAGAUAAGAAAUAUAGUGUGGAGUCGUCUACGAUGAAAUAUGCUUUUGGCUAUGGCUAUGUAGAUAAGUCUGAUAUGUUUUAAUUAAUAUGUUACUAACCAAUACUUAUAAACCUUUUAGUAUUUGGCUA